ACACUCAUUAGAGUCAACAAUAAGCGCAAUGCAGGUUCAGAAACUCUGUUUUCUUGCCAUGUUCUUGGCUCACACCAUUUUCGCCGUCAAUCUCAGCCUCCAAACCUUAAACAUAGCCUUCCUUGGAGACGCAGAGCUCGGUCCUGCUUCAGAUGGUGUGAGUCGCUCCGGAGCUCUCUCCAUGACCCGAGACGCAAACCCUUUCUCUCACGGCCAAGGUCUUUGGUCCACUCCAAUCCCUUUCAAGCCUUCUUCAAACGCUUCUUCUCCUUCUCCACCUUAUCCAUUUGAAACUUCUUUCGUUUUCUCCAUUGCUCCUCGCACCAAACCAGCCCUGGGACAUGGCCUCGCCUUCAUCGUGGUCCCAGCUCUCGACAACAGCGGUGCAGGACCCGCUGGAUUCCUCGGAAUCCUUUACAAAACCAACUAUGGCAACCCUGAAAACCAUGUCUUCGCUGUUGAGUUCGAUGUUUUUCAGGACAAACAUCUUGGAGACAUUAAUGAUAAUCAUGUUGGUGUAUACGUUAACUCUCUUACAUCCGUUGUGGCCGAGAAAGCUGGCUAUUAGGUUCAAACAGUGAUAGGGAAAAGGAAACUGUGGAGGUACAAGGAGGUGAAGCUGAGCAACGGAGAGAGGUACAAGGCUUGGAUU